AUGCCCAUGCUACUCCGCCGCAACCUGACCUGCUUCUAUUGCGGCGCAAAGUCGGAGCUGAAGCGAAGUCCUCAGAUCCGCCAGUUCGACUGCAAGGAGUGCGAGGCCACAAACUUCCUGGACGAGAACGGCGAAAUCACAGACCCGCCCGUCGCCGAGUCCGCACAGCCGGCAAGAUUCGCCCACUAUGUCCCCGCCCGCUCGCCGUCUCCCAAUCUCGCCGCCCCGGACCACAGUCUCUUCUGCGCGACCUGUCUGAAGAACCAGCAUCUCCUCACCCAGACGCUAGCCGCCUACCUUCCGCCACCUUCCGAUCCUAACUACAAGGCCUUCGAGCGCUCCUAUCCCGAGUACCGCCGCAACCUCGAGCGCCGUUACCCCCAGGUCUGCGCCGACUGCGCCCCGCGCGUGCGCGAGCGCAUCCAGGCCGCCGGAUACGCCGCCAAGACGGAUUACCUGAAGCGCCUGCUGAACCGGCCGUAUCGGGAGACCGACAGGCGGUUUUGGACGGGCCCCACGUGGCAGAGCAUCCUCGUGUACUGGGCCGGCUGGUUCUGGUGGAUCAGCAUCGGGAUCCACUUCUGCUGGAGCCUUCUGGGCGCGUAUGCUGUGAGGGGAAGGCUCGGCGCCGGGAGAGACGCGCCGUUUGUGCAGAACAUCGCCGUUUGCGCCGAGCAGGCUUGGAAGUAUGGCAUGGUGCAGUCUGACUGCAUGACGGCUUUCCCUGCGGAGAUGAGGUUCUCUCUGGUAGCCAUGGCUGCGACGUUCUGGUGGAACAACAAGUUGCAUGCGAAGGUGAAGGGUUGGACCGGUGGCAAGCUUUUGGGACUGAGGGAUCAUCUCUUGGUGCAGGUGUUGGUGAUGAGUCUGAGAACGGGGAGCUACUGGCUUCUGCGUGAUCCAGCAUCUAGUCGUCUUAAUAUGCCGGCUUACAGGGGCGCUCACGUCUUUCUGGCCUGCGUCCUCUUUGCUUCGACUAUAUACUCUUCGAUCGUCGUGAAGGUGGACCGAGCGCCGCUGUUUCCGAAGAAGAAAGAAGAGGAAAUCCCUUUGGUGGAGGAGCCGCUGGACGAGAGCCCACAGAAACCCAAUCCUCUCUAUAACUCUGCUCAGAGGCAGACUUUCCAGAACCAAUCGCCGGCAUACGUCAAGCCGUUUCCGAUCAACAAUCUCGCACAACCCCUCAGGAUGCCAGAACAGCCUCCUUCUCCCACUCCUUCUACUUCGACGCGCUACACAGCUUUCACGACUGAAGCCACGACACGGCCUUAUGACGAUGACGAAGAUACGAUGGAAUGGACACCUACACGGCCAUCCCAAACAACCUACUACGACCUCCGCCCCCGAAACAACCCCAUCGCACAGCGUCAAUCGCAACAACUUCAACGGCUCGUCAACGCUUCCAAGAACGAGCCCUCUCCCUUCCGCGGCACUCUCCCUCCCGCACCCAUCGCUCCCGCCCACAAGCUACGCAACCCACCAAACCAGCCGACAUUCAAGAAGACCCCCCUCACCAAGCAGAAGGACUUCUUCUCCAAGAUCAUGGGCUCCACCGCCAACGCCGCCACCCGCAACGCCGCCAGCCCCAUCAAAGGCGGCGGACGGCGAGGCAGCCAAUUCUACGACGACGACGCCGCCACCACCUCCAUGGCCGAGACCGACAUCGUCGACCCGCGCUUCGCCAACAUGACGCCGCACCAGCUGCAGCGCCACCGCAUCGACAUGACGUUCGGCGAGCCCAAGCUCAACCUGCCGCCGCCCAAUGCCGUCGACACGGGCUUGGAAGCCAUGUUCGACAGCGUCUUCAGCAUCCGCGACGAGCCGGAGGAGGUGCAGCGCCAGCGCGCCGAGGAGCGCGAGCAGCGCAAGGCUGGCGGUAUGGUGGUUGAGGUGUGGGAUAGCCCCACGCCGCCGUGGGUCAUGGGGUGUUUGUCGAUUGCCUUUGCGGCGCCGUUUGCGUGGGUGGGGGUGCGGUGGGCGUUGGGGUGGGUGAAGGGGUUGGCGUUUGGUGGUGGGGAGGGAGUCGUGGAUGCUUGA